CGCCUUAAUCAGAAAAGAAUGAUGCAUCUUUGUUGGGUGGCACUGCUGCUCGUGGUUGGCUCGGGAGUGAUAAGAGGCCAGAAGGAUUGGUGGGAAACGGCCGGUUUCUACCAAAUCUAUCCUCGCUCAUUCCAGGACAGCAACGGUGACGGAAUAGGUGAUUUGAACGGCAUAACGAGCCGACUGCCAUACCUAAAAUCCUUGGGUAUUACGGCGUUUUGGCUGUCGCCCAUUUAUCCUUCGCCGAUGGCCGACUUUGGGUACGAUAUAUCCAACUUUAUCGACAUACAUCCGUCGUUUGGAACCCUGGCCGACUUCAAGCGACUAGUGGACGAAGCGAAGAAACUCGACCUGCGCGUCAUCCUGGAUUUUGUACCGAAUCACUCGAGUGAUGAGCACGAGUGGUUUAAAAAAAGUGUAAACCGUGAGGCAGGUUUUGAGGAUUUUUACGUUUGGCAAGAUCCGAAACCGGGAACCGUACGCGAUCCACCGAACAAUUGGGUUGCAGCUUGGUACGGAUCAGCCUGGGAGUGGAGUGAGGAACGCGGCCAGUUUUACUUACAUCAAUUCCACAAGAAGCAACCAGAUCUUAACUAUCGCAACCCGGCGGUGGUUCAGGCAAUGAAGGCUGUCUUGCGCUUCUGGCUGGAUCAGGGAGUCGACGGUUUUAGGGUGGAUGCUGUUCCUUGGUUGUUUGAAACCGAAGGAUUUCCCGACGAACCACUCAGCGGCCAUUCUAGCGAUCCGUUGAGCCAAAACUAUUUGAGACACAUUUACACACUCGAUCUGCCGGAAACGGUCGACAUGGUGUACCAGUGGCGUGAGGUGAUGGACCAAUACAAGCGGGAAAGAAACACCAGCACCAAAGUGCUCAUGACCGAGGCUUGGUCGCCGCUGGAUGUGGUGCAGACGUACUUUAAUGAUAGUAACAACCGUCAAGGUUCGCAGAUGCCUUUCAACUUUCAGCUCAUCACGCGAUUGGAUAAGAAUUCGAAAGCAUCGGAUUUCAAAACCGUGAUCGACUCGUGGCUGGACAUCAUUCCACCGGGCCAUUCCGCGAACUGGGUGCUAGGAAAUCAUGACAAACGUCGCGUUGCUUCGCGGAUGGGUGGCGCCCAUAUGGUUGAUAUUAUGGCCAUGAUCGAACUUACUCUGCCUGGUAUUACCGUAACCUACCAGGGUGAGGAGAUCGGAAUGCAUGACGUCGACAUUUCGUGGGCCGACACCCAAGAUCCGGCCGCGUGCCAGCUGACAGAACAAACCUAUCAGGAAGGAACUCGUGACCCCGCAAGGACACCGUUUCAAUGGGACAGUUCAGAAAACGCAGGAUUUACGAAUGCUUCCGUUAAACCGUGGUUACCCCUGGCAACGGAUUAUCAGACGCUCAAUGUGAAAGUCCAAGAGGACACGACGCAAAACAGUCAUCUUAAAGUGUUCAAGGAGCUGAUGAAAUUGCGAGGCACAAAUGCGCUAGUAUGGGGAUCAUACAAAUCGCAGGUUCUAGGUAACAACGUGUUGGCCAUAGUACGCUCUUUUCCUAAUGAUAAGCGAACAUUUGUAACAUUGGCCAAUAUUGGUUCCGAACUUGAAACCGUCGACGUUUCCAGCGUGGACAGCACUCUGCCGCAGAAUCUGGAGUUUCGUGUGGUAGGCGUGUCAUCUAAAAAUUCCGUUAAAAGCGCUGUGGCUACGAAGAACAUUCAACUGCAACCAUAUGAAACAGUCGUACUGAGCAACAAAGCGUUUGGUUCUGUUCAAAAUGUAUCGUUUAUGAUCUUUGCGCUUCUAACAUUGGUGGUUUUGAAUUAAUGCAUCUUAAACUGAAUAAAUAUUGAGACAAAUGUUAAGAAUGUUGA